CUCUAUCAAUACUGAUUUGGAUUAUAAGGAAAGGGGCUUUUGUAGAUAAAGUUUUUUCUCCCUUUCUAUUAAGUACUUUUAGUCUCCCCUGUGGAGUAUUUGCAGGAUUUAGUCAGUAUUGUUCGUGCUAUUUAAAUGGGAAAACUGUGUACCCCACACCACGGACCCCUCCACCCCACAUAGAGUACAAAAAUCACAACUUGCAGACUUGUGCUUCAAGAAUAUCACCGUUAAUGUGUUCUUAUUUUGCGCACAAAGGGUUGUUACAGUUAGAGGUUGAACAGCUAGGGAGCAGGCCUUUAAGUGAGCCAUAAAAAAAAUAAAAAGGAAAAGAGAAAAAUGUUAUAAGCUCACAAUAUCUAAAUAAGUCCAUUAGUACUAGAGAGUAAUGACUUCGCUCAAUGGAUACUGAAUGAUGCACAUUUACCAUUAAAGGUUUUUUUCACUUAUUCAUUGUCAUGAACAAAAAGCAGUAAACACUAUAAAGAUCUACACUUUGCAGUGAUCUAAAGGCAUAACCGACUUGGUUCCCUCAGAAAAUGUCUUCUACUCCACAGACACAUUUAAGUUCAUCUGCUUCAGGACCAUCUUCAGACAAUUUAACUAUGCCUGCUGUCCCUCCUUCCAUUGCAAGCUCUCAUUCAAAUAAUGAAACAAGUCCAGCAAUGGAUUCAGCUAGAGACAUUGUUAGACAAAAAGCUAUUGGCUCUCUAGGAUAUGCUGUCCCUCACUCUCCGAUAUCAUAUGCCAUGAAUUCAGGUUCACAGAUUUCUGGGGCACCACUCCAACCACCUGUCCCUGGAAAUUCUUUGUUUUCAUAUAACAUAUCUCAUCCAACAACUGGCCAGUCUGGUGGUUCACAGUUUUCAACAAGCAUGGGUGUGAGGCCUGGGAUUAAACAUGAAACAGGAAUAUCUUUUGCUGCUCCGUCUGCUCCACAGCAAGCUAGUCCAACUGUUCCAACAUCUAUUUCUGCCACACAAGCAAUACAGAUGCAUCCUGCACCACCUUUUCAGAUGCUCCCUGGAGUUCCUAAAGCGCCUGCAACACCUGGUCCUCCUGGAAUAGGUUCAACUAUACGUUUUUCAUCUGGAGAUUCUUCUCCAUCUCCGAGGCCCAUUGUCCCACAUCGUCCUUUUAUGUGCAGUCCACCCAUUCAGCCACAGGUGUAUACUCCAUAUAGUUCUUUUUCUUCUAUGCAAACUGCUCACCAGGGACCAUGGUUGCAUGCCCCUGUUGGUGGUUUGGUAAGAUCACCAUUGUCACACUACCCUUCUUCCACAAGUGGUCCCUUCCCUAUGAUGCCUGGCACUACACUGCAAUCUCCCGCUACAUAUCCUGAAACUCAACCUCCUGGUGUUUCAACUAUGGCAGUUCCACUUGGAGUAUCUCCACCCGUAACUUCAGCUUCCCAGUCUAUACCACAUUCAGAUAUGCAGGCGGAUUUACCUCCUGGAGUUGAUGGAUAUAAACCUGAAAAUGGUGUUGUGACAAGAGAUGUAACUGCAAACACUAAAGCGCUUGAUGCUUGGACAGCUCAUCAAACAGAAUCCGGAUCUAUAUAUUAUUACAAUGCUGUAACAGGAGUGUCUACUUAUGAGAAACCUGCUGGGUUUAAAGGAGAGCUCGAGCAAGUAAAAGCGCAACCAACUCCAGUUUCAUGGGAAAAAAUAUCUGGUACAGAAUGGGCCUUGGUCGUCACUAAUGACGGCAAAAAAUAUUACUACAAUACUAAGACUAAGUUGAGUAGUUGGCAAAUCCCCAGUGAGUUGGCAGAAUCAAAACAGAGACAAGAUUCUGAUGUCUUAAAAGCCCAAGAAAUGUCAAUGGCAAAUGCUAACUUGCAAUCUGAAAAAGAUUCUGCUCCAUUGCUUAUCCCUGCAAUUAAUACUGGUGGCCGUGAUGCUACAGCCUUGAGGCCAUCAGGUGUGCAAGUAACAUCUUCAGCAUUGGAUCUCAUAAAAAAGAAGUUGCAGGAUACUGGGUCACCUACCACCCUUCCAGCAACCCCUGCUUUGUCAGGAACAGUAAAUCUAGAUGGAGUUAAACCAGUUGAUUCUACUGUCAGAGGUUCGGAAAUAGAAAAUAGCAAAGAUAAGUCCAAAGAAACUAAAGAUGAAAGUAAUCUGUCAGAAACAACUUCUGAUUCUGAAGCGGAAGAUAGUGGGCCCACCAAGGAGGAGUGCAUCAUUCAAUUCAAGAUGAUGCUCAAGGAACGUGGAGUAGCACCCUUUUCAAAAUGGGAGAAAGAGCUCCCUAAGAUACUCUUUGACCCGCGGUUUAAGGCUAUUCCAAGUUACAGUGAAAGAAAAGCUAUUUUUGAGCAUUAUGUUAAGACGCGUGCUGAUGAAGAAAGAAAAGAGAAGAGGGCUGCUCAAAAGGCUGCUGUUGAGGGCUUCAAGCAAUUAUUAGAAGAAGCAAAGGAGGAUAUCAAUCAUAACCCUGAUUAUCACGCGUUCAAAAAGAAAUGGGGCAACGAUCCACGAUUUGAGGCACUGGACAGGAAAGAAAGAGAUGCUCUCUUCAAUGAGAGGGUGCUUUAUUUGAAGAGGGUUGCUCAAGAAAAAGUUCAAGCAGCUCGUGCAACCAUUAUAUCUGACUUCAAGUCUAUGCUACAGGAGAGAGGAGACGUAACAUUGAAUACUCGUUGGUCAAAGAUGAAGGACAGUAUAAGCCACGACCCCCGGUACAAGGCUGCCAAGCGUGAGGACAGGGAGGCUUUAUUUAAUGAGUAUCUAUCUUCACUAAAGGCGGCUGAAGAAGAGACAUCACGAGUGGAAAAGUCCAAACAUGAUGAGGAGGAGAAGUUGAAGGAGAGAGAGCGAGCAUUGCGGAAACGAAAAGAAAGAGAAGAGCAAGAAGUGGAAAGGGUACGAUUGAAAACAUGUAGAAAGGAAGCAAUCGAGUCUUAUCAAGCUUUGCUGGUUGAAACUAUCAAAGAUCCUCAGGCAUCUUGGACCGAGUCAAAACCAAAAAUAGAGAAGGAUCCCCAAAGGCGUGCGGCCAAUCCUCAUCUGGAUCAAUCUGACUUGGAAAAACUCUUCCGAGAACAUGUAAAGACCUUGUAUGAGCGGUGUGUCCACGACUUCCGUGCCCUUUUGGCCUCUGUUAUAACUACCGAACCUGCUUCUCAGCAAGAAUCAGAAGACGGGAAAUCAGCGUUGACUUCCUGGUCAACAGCAAAACUACUACUCAAAGAUGAUCCCAGGUAUGUUAAGAUGGCUAGAAAGGACAGGGAACCCCUAUGGCGUAGGCACGUUGACGACAUCCAGAGGAGGGCAAAGUUGGCAAACGAACACGAUGCUGACAAGUCAUUGAGAAAUAGAAGUGCGGGCGAUUCUUUGAAACUACCAAGUGGAUCAAAGAGAGGUGAAAGAAGAUGAAGGUAAAAAAUCUCUAGAAUGAAUUUGAGUGUGUGUAAUCUUAUAAGAGGUUGAGGAGUGUACUUUAACUUAGUUUAAUAAUCAUGAAUGAGUUAGGAUUGAGGGGUUAAAUAUCUUUGGGAUGAAUGGCCAACCUUUUGGUAGAUUUCUUCUUUGAUCUUUCCCUUUGUCAACAGUACAGAAUAUCAGAAGGCAAAUUCUUAUGGGAAACAGUCAACAUGAAAUUGUUUCUCAGGUCAAUGUGUCAUAUUUAUAGGAUUGCAUGGAGUAUCUUUUAGGAAUGAUCAUGUUUCUUUUGUUAAGAGUUGUAUGCAUCCACUUCAAAACUCCAAUUUAAAUUUAAAUUAAUUUUCAAGAGUAUGCUAUUUUAGAAUGAACAUGUUUCUUGUAA